AUAACUGCAAUGCGUCUACACUUUUACAUAUAAUCCCCAGUAACCCAAAAAUCUCUUUGAUGAUUUAAAGCUUGUAAUAUUAAUUAUGAAGCCCGCCACUAUCCUGACAUUCAUCGCCGCCGUGGUGGCGAUUCCAGGUCUCUCAUCCGUGCAAAUCUGGCUAGCCAGUUUUCAACAGCCCAUCUCCAACUUAAUCGACAAUCCCCGCCGAAAAUCAACAAUCCCUCAAUUCAUUCUCGACACAAACCAUCCAUGGAUCCUCACCAAUCAACGUAAACUUGAGAGCCUUCCCAACGCCAAAGACUUCCUAUGCCUAAACCCGACCCAAACCCCCAAAAACGAGCCCAGCGCACCAAAAACAGAACUGGAAGUUCCACCAGAUCUUUUUGACAAUCUCACAAUCGACAACAACCGAUAUGGAAUCUCUCGUCCCGGCUGGCCCAACGCUAUUGAGCGACUGACCGAGAUCAAAAAUUGCCCACGAGCACUCGCCUCCGCCAAGUCCCUAUACAUCGAUAUUUACGUACACUCCGGCCCCUACUCGGAUCUCUGGCUGCGAGCUCUCGAACCAAGUCAACCACCACCAGAAGUCGCGAUACUAUUUGGUGACGUCUUGGAAGCACUGCCUAGCUUGAAUCAUCUUUACUGGGGAAUACACAACGAAUACGCACACUUCUUUGAAGAGUCCUUCAAGUCCAGGACCUUGACGCUACCAUCUGUGAAGAGCUUGAGAACUGGACCGUUUAGUCAGUAUCUGGUUGGCAUGUGUCCAACUCUGGAGAGACUUGAGAAUGGUGUGAUUCAAUCUGGAGCAAUGGCACCUAAACUUAAGCAUUUUUCGAUGGAUAGCGAUUAUGAAGGAUGGUCACCUGAUAUGGCUGCCGAAGUCGUGAAAUUCAUGCCUCACAUCGAGAGUCUUGGGCUGGGUGGGUCUAUUAAAGUUGAAAGGACUUGGGACAAGACCGACGAUCUCAAAAACAUCCUGGCCACACUCAGCGCACUCAAAAACCUAACCCACAUCGACCUCCCAUACUCAGGGAGCCUCUCUCUCGGAUUCGAUGGCGGAGCAUGGUGUGGAAACGCCUACUUUGGUAAGUCCGGGAGAGAAUACGGUCGUCAAGUCUUAAGACAAGGCGCAGAAACGACAGAAAUAGCGGCGGGAAUUGUGUUGGCGAAUUUACCGAAUAUAACUAGCUUUACGAUUGGAGAGAGGGCUGCGAACAUCACACGAGGUGAUGAUGGGAGCGUAUCAGUGACUUGGCCGUGGACGGGGAGAAUGGACGAUUGGUGUAUGGAGAUGGAGCCGGAACCGGAGGGUACGGAUUAUGAUGAACUUGAGUAUGGAGGCAUGGAGGAUGCGUAUAUUGCUGACCUUCAGAAACGAUAGACUUUCUGAGUCAGAUCAGUUAUGGUUGAUUAUGUCCUAAACUUUAAUAUUAAAGAGUUGGCGAAUAUCUUUUUCGGUC